AUGCAGAGGUUCGAUCCGAGGUUGAUCCCACCGCCAGACACGCCGAACGCUGGUGGUGUUCGCUUCCUCUGUGGCCCCGCCCACAAGCUUCACGCCCUCUCCCGUUGGAGAACACACGCGCACAGAAAAAGGGCGGCGAAUACAACGCCCCAGAUCCUUCGCCACGGCGACCGAGGAGGACACUGGACUUUUGAGGGGAGGUCGGAGACAACAGGGUUGGAGAUGGAGAAGACCCUUCUCGCCGCACGGCAGGGAGAUGUGCAGGCUCUGAAAGCACAGUUCACGGAGAAGACGCUGAACGACGAAGUGCGGGACCUGCUCGGAGCCACUCCUGUCCAUCACGCGGCGCGGGCUGGGAAGCUAACCUGCGUGCAGUACUUAGUGGAGGAAGCGGGUCUACCUGGGAACUGCCUCGCGAAGAAUGGAGCGACCCCGGCUCACGACGCCGCUGCCACGGGCAACCUGGCCUGCCUACAGUGGCUCGUCACGCAAGGAGGCUGUCGCGUAGCGGAGAAAGACCGGUCCGGGGCGACCGUCCUGCACCUGGCCUGCCGGUUCAGCCACCACGAGGUCACCGACUGGCUGCUGAAGAGCGGGGAGGGGGACCCCCGCAUUGCCACGGAUACCGGGGUGCUGCCGGUCCACUACGCCGCCGCCAAGGGGUACCUCCCCUCCCUCCGCCUACUGCUGGGACACAGUCCAGAUGUAGUCAAUGUCCAAACAAAGAAUGGUGCCACGCCCCUCUACCUGGCCUGUCAGGGGGGUCACCUGGAGGUCGUCCAAUACCUGGUGAAGGACUGUGGGGCGGAGCCUCACAUCAGAGCCAAUGACGGGAUGACGCCCCUGCACGCCGCCGCCCAGAUGGGGCACAACACCGUCCUUGUCUGGCUGAUGAGCUUCACGGACGUGGGCCUGUCGGACCGGGACGAUGACGGGGCCACAGCCAUGCACUUCGCCGCCAGCCGCGGCCACGCCAAGGUCCUGAGCUGGCUGCUGCUCCACGGGGGCGAGAUCGCCCUGGACAACUGGGGCGGGACCCCCCUGCACGACGCUGCGGAGAACGGCGAGCUGGAGUGCUGCCAGAUCCUGGUGGUGAACGGGGCGGACCUGGGGAUUCGGGACCAGGACGGCUUCACCGCGGCGGACCUGGCCGAGUACAACGGGCAGACCAAGUGUGCCAAGUACCUGCGCACGGUGGAGAACAUGAGCGUGGAGCACCGUGUGCUGUCCAGGGACCCCUCGGUGGACCUGGAGUACAAGCAGCCCGACUCGGGGCUCUCCUCCCCCCACAACACCAUGUCCUCCGCCCAGCCGGCCCACUUCGAGCUGGGCUCCCCCUCCAGCACCCUGUCCAACUACGACUCCUGCAGCUCCAGCCAAUCCAGCACGGGGGAGAAGAGGAGCGCUGCACCUCCUGCUCAGAGCGCCACUGGUGCUGCAGACACGGCCAUCUCGGACAUGCAGACCUACAUGGACAUGCUCAAUCCGGACGUUGUGGCUGAAACGCAGAGCAACGACCGGCCCCCGGAGGUUCUUCCGCCCCCUCCGCCAGCUUUCCCUCCCCCCCCACCGCCACUACCUCCCUCCAGCCCCCCGGCACCACUACCUCCCACCAGCCCUCCGGUGCCGCUACCUCCUGCCAGCCCCCCGGCGCCACCCCCUCACCCCGCGUACCCCCCGCCCGAGCCCCCAAAAGAGCAGCCCUCCGCCGAGAUGUACCUGAGGGUUAAGAGCAGCCUGAGACACGUGGAGUCUGACACCACCAAGAGAGAGUCGUUGACUCCAGCGGACAGCGCGGGCCGGCUACGCAGAGUCGACUCCAACAGGAAGUCCCGGAACUUCAGCAAGCAGCCGAGCACUGGGGACUACUACAAGGACCUGGGCAGUGACACGAGCGAGGAGCUGGGGAGGACCAUGGCACCUAACGAGGAGGGUGCCCAGCUGUUGGAGGAGCCGGCGGAUAACGCGCCCAGUCCGGAGAACGGAGCAGCGGGCGAGGUUCCCCCGCCCCCUCCUCCACCCCCCCUGCCCCCUGCCACCCCACCCGCCCCCCCUCCGCUGCCCUCGGACAAAACUACCCCCCAGCCGGCCGGGAUGAGCAAGAGGCGCAUGUCAUCUUCCUCUGGAAGUGAUGACACUACACCCUCAGAACUACAGGGCGAUGUGCUUAGGCAGAUGAAGAGCACAAAGUCCUUCAACAUGAUGUCCCCGACCGGCGACAACUCGGAGCUGCUGGCGGAGAUCAAAGCUGGGAAAAGCCUGAAGCCAACGCCUCAAAGCAAGGGCUACACGACGGUCUUCACCAAUAGCGGGAGCAGUGAUGAGAGUGCACCACCGGCCGAGCCCAGUAAGCCUUCCUCUCCGCCCCCAGCGCAAUCCGCCCAAUCAGAGCAACCGGCCCAGCCGGCCCAACCCGCGUCAUCCGCCGAACCCGCCCAAGCCGCGCCCCCGGCCCAAAACACUCCGCCCGCCCAACAGGGCCAGCCGGCCCCGCCCACGCUGCCCUGCAGUCCUCCGGCCGCUAGGCCAGCGGCCUCGGCGGCUCCCAAGUCGUCGCCGGGCGCCGUCGUCAACGGCAACGCCGAGUCGGCGCAGACGGGCAAGUCCAGCCCCGUGGACCUGGAGGUGCUGGUGCCCACGCACGACGAGCAGGGCCGGUCCAUCCCCGAGUGGAAGAGGCAGGUGAUGGUGCGCAAGCUCCAGGUGAAGGUGCAGGAGGAGGAGGAGCAGAAACGCAAGGCAGAGGAAGAGGCAGCCCGCCUGGCCUCCAUGCCAGCCUGGAGGAGGGACAUCAUGAAGAAGAAACUGGAUGAGGAGAAGUGAGUGGGGGGGAACGGGGGAGAACAAAAAAGGAAAGAGGAAGAGCGGAUAAAAACGGAGAGGGAAACCGAGGAGAAGAGCGAACUGGAGAGGCUACGAACCCUGGGCUACGACGAGACCAAGCUGGCGCCAUGGCAACGGCAGAUCAUCCUCAAGAAAGGGGAUAUAGCAAAGCAGUAG